GACCCCCCUCCACACUGGGCCCCCAGCAGCGGUGCUCCCGCAUUCGGAAGGGCCUUCUCCAAGGCCUAUGACAUCACAGGUUCAGCUCAACCUGGCAAACACGAUCGCGGUUGCCAAACGAUGAGAUUUCACAUGUUGCAGGUGGCCUGCCUCAGGAAAGGGAGGAGGGCCUGGCUUCUGGCUUCUUCGUAGAUAAAUUGCAGCCCUCUUCCCAACCUCCAAAACUUCUUCCCAUAAUCAAUCACUUCACAGCUCAUUAGACCCAUCCCAAACCACCUAUUACCAAAUCAAUCCAUCAACUAAGUCCACCAAACAAACCAUCAUCAUGUCUGCCAACAACGACAACACCUCCACUCUCAAGUCCUACGUUGACUCUGCCACCGGCGCUGCCCAGAACAUGCUUGGCUCCAUUACCGGAAACACCGCCGACCAGAACAAGGGCGAGGCCAAACAGAACAAGGCACAGGUUGAGCAUGAUGCUUCCCACGCCACGGCCAAGCUUCCCGGCUUCACUGCUACCGCCCAGGGCGUAAGCAAGGACGACCCCGACCGUGCCAACGGUUCCUGGAAUCAGACUGUUGGCUCCGCCAAGGAGACUAUUGGUGGACUCGUUGGCUCCGAGAACCUCAAGCAGCAAGGCCGCGAGCAGAACCUUGAGGGCCAGUCGCAAGAGGCCAAGGGCCAGUUGAACGACUACACUUCUGGCAUCGGCAACCGUGUCCAGGGCACUCUCGGCAGUGCCGUGGCUGGCUUCACUGGUGAUAAGGCUGGCCAGGAGCAUUACCAGGGUAUGCACGACACUGGAAAGGCUCAGCAGCGCGGUGCCGAGCACGAUAUCCAGAAGCAGGCAGAGGCAAAGCAGUAAAUCAUGCAAUGCCACACGGUGUGUUAGUAUGAGCGACGGCUGGCGUAGUAAAGGAGAGAUAUGAAUUUGAUACCCCCUGCACGAGAGAACGCAUGCACCUAGUUAGCCCUUCAGGUAGACGACGAAUCAAACC